AUGCCUGCUGGAGAGGGAGAACCUCCGUGCCUCCGCUGCGCCCGACGCACUCGAGUGGAUUUUCAGGUUAAGCCUUAUGCAAAAUGGACCCGGGAAACACAGUCUUUUGUAACUCAAAUGUACUUGACCAUAAACCACUCUUCCUGGAAGAAAACAGGUUGUUUCGGAGUGACACAAAAGCAAUGGGGCACUGACAGUCAGAGGACGUGCCCAGGCCUUCAAUGGGAGAGUGCUGUGGAGAGAAAAUCAAGUUCUACCAAGGAAUCUCUGUCAUCACAAAAUACAAAAUUGAUUUCACCGAUAGUAAUUGUGCAGAUGAUUGAGGAGAAUAAAUCAAAAGAAAAUUGGCCCGCUUUGCCUAUGCAGUCCAUGAUCCCCCAGCCCAGCGCUUAUCACACAAAGCAAUCUUUGGCUAACCGUGGUUCAGUCAACAUUAAUAGAGCAUUUACGGUACUUCCCAGCAGAUUAGAAAUUCAGGCGUCUGUAGAUGACACCACGUCUCCAUCGGACUCUCCCAUCACAGAGGGAAAACAGUGUCAAAAACAGCAGAAAGGGUUUGCUUCCAUAACUGUCACAGCCAGGCGUGUUGCUGCAGGCUCCUGCGACCCAGCACAUGGAGCUGGGGCUGUGCAAGAGCCCAACGCCAUGUCCCCCACCUCAAGCAAAGUCCCUACUACCCUCCGUUGCUGGCCUCCGCUGGGUUACACAAACCAUAAUCUCUCUCCGUUAAAGAUUUCUGAAUCUUGCUCACAAUUAGGUGAAGAGCCACGAAAGCGGGUUUUUGACCCUGGAAACAAGGAGAACGGCGUGGGUCUUCAAAGCAGUGAUGGGACAGAGAAAGUACCACCUUCAUUCAUCUCAUGUGUCCACCUGCAGGUUUCGCAGCAGUGUCCAAAUACCAUCUAUUAUUUAGAUAAGUCACUCAAUGUGUGUAUUGACCAACCUCGAAUUAAAUGCCAAAAAAUUCAUAGAUCAGCAUUGUCCUUCAAUAUAAAUUGCAGUUCGUCUAGAUUAACAGCAGAUGGAGUAGAUGGCAUAGCUAAUGGAGAGUCAAUAGAGGAGAUACAUAAGACAAAGCUCCUAGGAGAAAACAAGACUACACUCAGAUCAAACUGGAGUGCAGACUUAACAGAAGAUAAUGUAAUUAAUAGAGAGACAACAAAUGAAGGCUAUUUGGGUAGUAACUACCCUUCGCAAAGUGUCUUUGUCUCUGAAUUCCCAACAUUUGUGGAUAUACCCAGAGGACCUAAUAACGUAGUGGCAACAAAGAAAGGUGAUGACGAUAAGCAAUGUGGCAGCUAUGACACUACGUUUUCUCUCCAGCUUCCUAAUUCAAGUGAUGAGGCAGCAACAUGCAAGCGCUUAGCCCCUGAAAAUAAUUACGUCUGUCUUUACAAAGAAAGGGCUGAAAUUCAAGGUCCAGCAUUUAAAUCCCUUGGGCAGCUUAAAGAAUGUGUACCCGUUAAUGUGAAAUGGCCUACCGAGCGCCACACAACCCACCUCAGAGAUAGGACCAAGGCUAAGCCCGGGCCAAGCUCCAUGAGGUCCUUGUCACAGGUGAUCGAUGUGCAUCACCCUGCCUUUUG